CAACAAAUCCCCGUUUCCCGUUGACCGCGGGGCGGGACCCUCGCGGCUUUCCGUCCAAUUCUCGCGCCUCUGGGCGUGAGGGGAGCAGGCCGGUGCCGCUGGGGGCUGCGGCGGAGUUGGUGAAGCGCAGGGCGGGUCGGGACUACUUGGCUGGCGGAGUUUGCGCUCCCUCCCUCUCUACCCUAACAUUUUGGGGGUGGGGAGAAGUUAAGGACAGAGUUAAAUGGUAUAGAGCGGCAGAGGUGACAGGACUUGGCGGAGGUGACUUCGUGCAUGUCUCCGGCCCGGGUCUGAGAGUUCACCAGUUCAGUCCAUACCCCUGUGGUUCCUGAACAGAAUUGUUACAACAAGCACUUGGCAGUCCUAAACAACUCGUCUUGGUUUACCGUGUUCCUAUUGUGACUGCAUCAUGGAAAAUCAACUGGCUAAAUCAACUGAAGAAAGGACAUUUCAGUACCAAGAUUCCCUUCCAUCGCUGCCUGUUCCUUCACUUGAAGAAUCAUUAAAAAAAUACCUUGAAUCGGUAAAGCCAUUUGCAAAUGAGGAAGAAUAUAAGAAUACUGAAGCAAUUGUCUGGAAAUUUCAAAAUGGCAUUGGAGAAAAAUUGCAGCAGAAAUUACUUCAAAGAGCAAAAGGAAAAAGAAACUGGCUGGAAGAGUGGUGGCUGAAUGUUUCCUACCUGGAUGUUCGUAUACCAUCACAACUGAAUGUCAACUUUGGGGGUCCUGCAAGCCAUAGUGAACACUACUGGCCUCCAAAGGAAGGCACACAAUUGGAAAGAGGAAGUAUAAGUCUUUGGCAUAACUUGAACUACUGGCAGCUAUUAAGAAAAGAAAAGUUAGCUGUCGAAAAAAUUGGAAAUACUCCUCUAGAUAUGAAUCAAUUCCGAAUGCUGUUUUCUACCUGCAAGAUUCCAGGAAUUACUAGAGAUUCAAUUAUUAAUUAUUUUAGGACUGAGAGUGAAGGACAUUCCCCAAGUCACCUUGCAGUGUUGUGUCGAGGCCGAGUUUUUGUCUUUGAUGUAAUGCAUGAAGGAUAUCUGAUGACUGCACCAGAGAUUCAGAGGCAAUUGACAUACAUCCAAAAGAAAUGCCACAGUGAACCCGACGGACCUGGGGUAGCAGCGUUAACUACUGAGGAGCGAACUCGAUGGGCUAAGGCACGAGAAUAUUUGAUUAGUCUUAAUCCAGAGAACCUGACUAUGUUAGAAAAAAUUCAGAGCAGUUUACUGGUAUUUUGUUUAGAUGAUGACAGUCCACAUGUUACACCAGAAGAUUAUUCUCAGGUUUCUGCAAAGAUUCUUAAUGGAGACCCAACAGUACGCUGGGGUGACAAAUCUUAUAACUUGAUUGCCUUUUCUAAUGGAGUAUUUGGCAGUAAUUGUGAUCAUGCUCCUUUUGAUGCAAUGGUUCUGGUAAAAGUCUGCUAUUAUGUUGAUGAGAACAUUCUUGAGAAUGAAGGAAGAUGGAAGGGCUCAGAAAAAGUACGAGAUAUACCGGUUCCAGAGGAGCUUGUUUUCACUGUGGAUGAAAAAGUAUUAAAUGACAUCAACCAAGCUAAGGCCCAGUAUUUCAAGCAGGCGUCUGAUCUCCAGCUUGUGGUAUAUGCCUUUACAUCUUUUGGCAAAAAGCUAACCAAGGAGAAGCAGCUUCACCCUGAUACAUUUAUUCAGCUGGCACUUCAGCUGGCCUAUUACAGACUUCAUGGACGUCCUGGUUGCUGCUAUGAAACAGCUAUGACAAGAUUAUUUUAUCAUGGCCGUACAGAGACUGUGCGACCAUGUACAGUAGAAGCAGUCAAUUGGUGCCAAUCCAUGCAGAAUCCUUCUACCAGUCUUCUUGAGCGGCAGCACAUGAUGUUAGAAGCUUUUGCAAAACAUAGUAAAAUGAUGAAAGAUUGUUCAACUGGAAAAGGAUUUGACCGUCAUCUUUUAGGCCUCUCACUCAUAGCAAAGGAGGAAGGCCUCCCUGUUCCAGAACUCUUCACAGACCCCCUCUUCUCCAGGAGUGGAGGAGGUGGAAACUUUGUUCUCUCAACCAGUCUGGUUGGUUAUUUAAGAGUCCAGGGCGUGAUGGCUCCCAUGGUGCACAAUGGCUAUGGAUUCUUCUAUCAUAUCAGAGAUGACAGACCAUUCUCUGCGCAGCAGCCCUGAUGGCCAAAUGGAACCCAGGUCAUACUCGCCUACUCAGAACCCUCCGAGGGCUUUUCCUUUCAGUCACACGAGAUCCAAAGUCCUCCUGAGAGACCUCAUGAUCUUGCUCUCAUCUGCCUCUCUGACCUUGUCUCCUGCAGUGCUUCUGAUUGCCUCCACUCCAGCCACAAAGGCUACCUUGUACCUGCCAGGAAAGCACUGUCCUCGAGGCCCUCACAGUCGUGAUUUCCUCCUUUUAGUAGUCUCUUCCCUGCAGUAUGUGCAAAGGUAACCCCCUUGUUUCAAAGGCUCUCAUCAGAGAGGCCUUCCCUGACCAUCUAAAAUAGCAGUCCCCCUUCUCCACACACACCUGUUGUAUUUUAACAUUUAUAACCACCCAGUGUGUGUGUGUGUGUGUGUGUGUGUGUGUGUGUGUGUGUGUUAUCUAUAUUUACUUCCUAGAAUAUAAGCCUGCAAGAACAUGAUUUUUAAUUUUUUUGAAUCUCCAGCUCAACAUAUUGUGCUCAUUCCUAUUUCCCAGUGACUUUGUUGUUUAAUAGAAGCACACAAGUCUGAGGAUAGGGAAGAGCUUGGAAUAUUAAGGGGCAGUAUGGCUAUACAUUAACAAUUGAGUGGGAAGUUGGUAGAAAAAGAGAUAGAAGAGGGGGAGACCAGAGCUAAAACUGGUAGGAAGGGCAGUGUUCUCAACCCUAGUGCAUCUGAGAAUUUACCUGAAGAGCUUUAGAAACAGUAUUCCUGAAGGUACUGAUUUGGUUGGGGUGCUCCAUUGAUGUAGGGCCUUGUAACAUGGUAAGAAAUUUGGAUUUCCUCCAAAAAGUAACGGGAAGCAUUUUACCAAUUUUAAGUAUUAAAGUUAAACUUGUUUUAUUUACAUUUGAGAAAGACCCUUGGCUGUUAUAUGCAGAAUAAAUUAGGUAGAUAGUAAUAUGAACAAGAAUGAGAUGAAAGAAAUCAGGAAGCAUGGAUGGUAUGUAUGUUGAACAAGGCAGUUGAUACUGAAGGUGGAGAGCAUGGAGAGGUUUGAGAGAUGUUUUGGAGGUAGAACCAGUAAGACUUAUUGAUGGAUUACUGAUUCCAAUGGUGGCAUUUACUGGGAUGGAGAAAAUUAGAGGGGAAAUGGGCAUGUUAGUGUAGAAGUAAUAAUUUCGUUUUGUACAUGGUCACUUCAAAAUUUCUGCUAAUACAGGAAUUAAUUAUAAUUUGUAUUUAUAUACAAGAUAAUAUGCCAGUAGGCAGUUGGAUAUAUGAGUUUGGAGCUCAGAAAACAAGUCAGAGCUCAAGGUGUACUCAGUUUGAGUCAUUACUGUGUAUAUACCCCAAAUACAUGGAAAUUCUCUGAAAGGAAUUUUUCAUUCAUUGUUAAGCUUGAAAAUGCAUGACCUAGAGAAAGUUAGUUUAUUUUUGAAAUAGCAUUUUAUUUUAUGUGUACUUCAUGCUCAUUGUUAAAAAUAUUUUGUAAAAUAUGGAAAAAUAUAAGAACAAAUUUAACAUUUCUGUUAUAAGACAUGACAUUAUCUUUCUAAUCUAUAAUGUGCAUAGAUUAUAGCAUAUACUUUUUUAUAAAUGUAGAUCAUAUUAUAAUUAUUUUUUUGUGAAUUGCAUUCUCAAUAUUAUUUCAGCCAUUUCUCAGUGCCAUUAAAUAUGCUUUGAGGUAU